AUGUGCGAUCCGUGCUGUGGUCCCUGUGAUCCCUGCUACUCCUGCUAUCCUUGCUCACCAAAACCAUGCAAGAGUCGUGAACUGCGAGGUGGCAUCCUGAUCUCAAACUGCGAGUGUCUUAAGCGUAAUGGCCUACAGCAUGAUUGUCCGCGUUCUGAAUGUCAGGCAAAACCAUGCUGCCUCACCAAACCGGAAGCAUCCUGCUGCCCAUCCCAAUGGGCCCGUAGAUAUCGAUUUGUGACGAUGGGUAAGAAGAGUAAUCCGGUUCGCCCGAAGGUUUGCUGCCUGCCGACUGGUGGUGGUGGAUGCAAUCCUUGCCCAAUCGAUCCAACAUGCUGCGGCCCAAUCUGUGAUCCUUGCUGUGGACCAUGUGGUCCUUGCGGCCCAUGUGGACCUUGCGAUCCUUGUGGACCUUGUGGACCUUGCGGCCCUUGUGCUCCUUGCGGACCUUGUGGACCUUGCGACCCAUGCUGUCCACCUGUAUGUGGUCCUGUUUGUGAUCCUUGUUGCCCUCCAGUUUGCGACCCUAGUUAUCCUCCAGUGUGUGAUCCUUCCUGCAGCGUGCCGUACUAUCCGUUGAAACGCAUCCGGUCGGCGGUACGUCAGCCAACGCCAAGACCGAAGAUGGCCAAAACCAAUUGGUACUGUCCUCCAUCGUACAAGAUCUGUAAUGCACCGGCGCCCUGUCGCUACCAGGCACCAUGCAAAGCUCAUUGCUAUAAUGUGGAACAGUUUUGUUUCCGACGUAAAUGAAUUUGAACACGAUUGUAUGUGUUA